GCGAUCGCGGACGAGGCCGCGAUGCCCAAGGGCUGGCUUCGAUGCUUGGCAAGCUAGCCUCCAUAUCGGUGGCGUCGACCACCCACGACAAGUCUUUCGUUGUCCGCCUGACCUGCGUUCCUCGUCGUCGAAGCUCCAGCCCUCCCACACGAAGCCGUCUGGUGUCAUGAUAGCAACACAACCCGCCACAGAGAACCUUGAGGGCGGGUAGUCGUUGAGCCGUAUCGGACUUGUCUCCUACUUCCAUCGUCUCGGCAGAACUUGUCAACAACCUGUGCGAACCCAACGCUCGCCAACAUGAGCGACGAACACACUUCCACCGAACCCACGAGCAAGGCCUCUCUUCCCACAACCCAGCGCGCGUGGAUCGUCGAACGGCGCGGGCCUCCCGAGAAGGCCCUUCGCCUCCAUGAAGACUGGCCUGUUCCGAAGCCCCAAGCAGGGGACGUGCUAGUGAAAGUGCAGGCGGCGGCGCUGAACCCUGUCGGCUUCAAACUCAUGGCCGUCGCCCCCAACUUCCUCGCCAAGCGCCCCUUGCCCGCGGAGUACGACUUCGCGGGCACGAUCGCGGAUGCGAACGGGUCGCGCUACAAAGAGGGAGACCCAGUGUGGGGGUUCAUUGAAGUUCAACAAUCCUGGAAAUCCCGCCAGGGCGCGCUCUCACAGUACGUCCGCGUCCCGGCCCACAUGGUUGCCCCGCGCCCUGCGAACGUCUCCGCGACGGGGGCCGCAGGUCUCACACUUGCUGGGGAGACGGCUUACCAGUGUCUCUUCCGCUCCAACUCCCUCGCUGUCGACGCCGCUGGCAACCUCGAGCCCGGCCAGACCGUCUUCGUCAACGGCGGCUCGUCCUCCGUCGGCGCGUUCGCGAUUCAGAUCGCCAAGGCGAAGGGCGCGGCGCGGGUGGUGGCGAGCGCGAGCGGGAAGAAUGAGGAGUUUGUGAGGGGUUUGGGGGCGGAUGAGUUCAUUGACUACACGAAGAAGCCGAUUCACGAACAGCUGUUGGAGAACCCGCCGAAUCCGAAGUUCCAUAUCAUCGUAGAUGCGGUUGGCAUCCUCGACCCCGCCCUCUACACGCAUAGCCCAGCGUGCCUCGUCCCGGGCGGCGUGUAUGUGUCGACUGGAUACCAUCCGCACUCGUUGGCGUUGCACGAGUUCACCCUCACCUUCAAGCACGCACUCGCGACGGUCUGGCCGCGCGUCUUGGGCGGGACGCCGCGAAAGCAUAUCAUCAUGUAUCUCCACCAUAAGGAAGAAGAUCUGAAGGAUAUGGCGGGGAUGCUGGAGAAGGGCACCCUCAAGCCCGUCAUCGACUCCGUCUUCGCGUUCGAGGACGUGCUGAAGGCGUACGAGAAGAUCAUGACGAGCCGUGCGAAGGGGAAGGUGGUGGUCAAGGUAGACCCUGAGGCGGAGUGAGGAAGGGUUGAUGGUGCGAAAUCCACACGUAUCGUACCAGUGGGGGAACGAGCCUGAGACGGCAACAUGAUUACUGGGGCUGAGGUUGUGGCGCACUUGUGGGUGCGGAUGGACGUAUGUGGGCGAACGCGGUCACGUUCUCGGACGCGUCUGGAUGUGGAUCACGCGCGCGUCAACGGCGGCGAUUGAAUGGACUGUGGAGCCAAACCAAUGUACAGUAAGCCAAACAACUCAAGUGUUUACUUGCUUGCG